UUAUUUUUAAGAGUUUAAAACCUUUCGAAAAUGGGAGAAAUAAUUGUUUAAGAAAAGGAUGAAGACGACGAAGGCGAAAGCAAACACAAUCUUGGGGAAGAAACUCGAAGAACUUGAGUAUUACCUACAAGAAUUCGGUUCUGGCAAUGGUGAUCUUAACGCAUACCGGGAAUUCGGAACCCGGUUUGUUUUCACGCAAACCCUUUUAUGUGCGGAGAUAUCGUCGGUUAAGGACGAUGAAGACGAAGAAGAGAUGUUGAAACUUCGUUUCAUGGCUAAGAGGUUAACCGAACUUGAAGAGGCUUUCAAGGAAAAGACCGGUCCAAUCAACCAACUGGACUUGCAGAGUUUGGAAAGUGGUGGUGGUGUAGAUGAGACCACUUUGGUUCGCUCGUUGGUUGAAUCGUUACAUGCAGAAUAUCAAGAUGCGAAUUCAUUAGAAGAGAAGUUGGCGAUGAGAAGAACCGAGAAGAUGAAGAAGAAGCGGUUUAGGGGUUUGGUUAGUUUUGGUAUAGUUGGUUUUGUUACGAGUAUGGCCCCACGUGCCAUCUUUUACCCGGUUGUAAUCCCACCGAAAGAUUCUCUUGUCGACGUAAUACCUCACACGCUUCAAGGUCAAAUUCGUCAUUUCCCCACUAAACACACGGUUAUCUUCAAUAUCCGCCUCAUCUGUUCAUCGAACCGGGCUGGUUAUCAUAGAUAA